UUGCAAGCAAGGACAUACUUAACUAUAUCAUAAUUAAGUACUGCAGUUGUCCAAUCUAAGUUAAGAUGCCUGAAAGAAAAUCGAACAAGUAUAAACUAUUAUUAUACAUUUUACCUCUCGGACUGGUGUUAAUGGUACUUUCCAUUGUUGCUAGUAGAUUAGCGCAUGAACAUCCGACGUGUCAAACGCAACUGUGCAUUUCUGCCGCUCAUGAGAUAAUUAGCUCAAUUGAUCCAAAGGUAGACCCGUGCGAGGACUUCCUUACGUUCGCCUGUGGAAAUGCCAUACGAAAAGGGCGUGAAAGGAAACUUGUCAAAAUUAAGCAAGAAAUAAAAACCGACCUAGACACUUUAAUGGAAGGCCGAGUUGGUGCCGACGACAACGUCUCGGUAAAAAGGCAGAAGAAUCUUUUCCAAGUUUGCAUGAACGAAACUGGCUCAGAGGAAGAGUCGUUGGAUGCUUUUAGAAUGUUACUGUCAAAUUUCAAUGGUUGGCCGGUUGUUGUUGGUGAUCAUUGGGACGGGAAAUCGUUUGACUGGAUAUCAACAACAUAUAAACUGCGAGCAUAUGGACUGCUGUACGUCUCCUUCUUGGAUUUUGGAAUUGAUCCGGACCCUGUGAAUGGGUCACGGUACCUGCUUCAUAUCAAAGAACCAUUCGUAGUCGCUCCUGAAGAAGAGCACAAAAUUUCGUAUGUAAAUUUCAUGAUAGCCAGCGUGGUUACUUUUGGUGCAAACAGAGCGCUGGCCAAAAAGGAAAUGUCGGAAGUGUACGAGUUUACAACGAAGCUUUACCAUGUCACCACCGAGAACGACUGGGAUACCAUCGACGACAUAAAGGACAGUAGACAUUCUGUAAAAGAUUUUCAAGCCAAAAGUAAUCGUACAGAUUGGCUAAAACUAAUUCGGCAAAUUGUGGAGCUUGGUGAAGACGACCAUGUUUUAUUUCCAAAACCCAAGUUUGUCAACGCACUAUUUAAUUUACUAAACUCCACGCCCAGAAGAGUUCAAGCGAAUUAUCUCUUCUGGAACCUUUACGAGUCUCUGGUGCACUUCUUCCCCCAACGUUUUCGACAAUUGGAACAGAACUACAAUUGCCAAACCGCGCCCUCUACCGUCCCAAAGACACGUGCCGAUUUUUGUCGACGCAUUGUGCAACUCAGCUUCGAUGUAAUCCCAACAGACAUGCUUUACGCCAAACAAAAGAUGACAGGAGAGUUAAAAUCGAGCGUAGAAGAAAUGGUGAAGAAUAUCAAAGUAGAAAUUAUCGCUCUUCUAGAACAUUCGGGCUGGAUGGAUGAAAUAAGCGUUGACAUGGCCGUACGAAAAGUGAAUGCAGUCACUAGCGUCAUAGGUCUAAGUGAAGAUCUCGACAUCGUCAAUCAACGUUACAGUAACAGUACCUUGCAAGUUAACGGAGACAGUGGUUGCCUUUUGAAUGUUUACCUGGAAAGCAGAAGGGCACUCACUGACACAAUGUACGCGCGCAUUAACACAUUCACAUACAAUCACGAAUUAGAUAAGUUCGCUAAUAGUGUAAACGCCGCGUAUCUUCCGGAAUUGAACAUAAUAGUACUCCACGCUGGAAUUUUACACGACGACAUUUUCCAUCCCCACCAAAAGAGUUAUCGCAACUAUGGAAUGUUAGGUUCGAUCAUUGGUCAUGAGCUAGCUCACGCGAUUUCAGAUGGAAGCCUUUGGACGAAUGAGACGAAAAGUUCAUACGAAAGAGUGGCGAAGUGUUUCUUGGACCAAGUGGAUAAUUUCAAACUUCAAGGCACCACAUUUCAGAUGAACGGAACCCGUACGUUAGAAGAAAACAUAGCCGAUGCUGUGGGAGUGAAGGCCUCUUUCAACGCCUAUCGAAAGUGGGUGAUCAAACAUGGGAAUGAACGGCGGUUAGUUGGACUGGACUAUACCCCAGAUCAGCUAUUUUGGAUUUCGGCAGUGUCUCAAUACUGCUAUAAACUCAGCGACAAGCAGCUGGGACAGGUUUUGAACCGCGAUAAUCACGCUUUAAACAUAUUUAGAGCAGUGAACCCUUUGAGAAAUAACAAAGACUUUGCGUCUGCAUUUAAGUGUUCCUUGGGAUCGAAAAUGAAUCCAAAUGUUCAAUGUAAAGUGUAUGGAUGAGAUUUUGAUGGGUGGGAAGAAGUGAA